GCAGGAGACGGGAAGCGCGCGCCCGUGAAGUGCGUGCUCGCGUACGUCGCUCGGGUUCGGCUGCGUCGGUCUCGCCGCCCGCCCGUUGCCGCCGUCGCCGCUGCCGCCGUCGCCGCGGUCUCGUUUCGCCGGCCGCCGCCUAAGGGGGCUGGGGCCGGGCCAAGCUGCCGCCGUUGCCGGGAUGCCGCGGGUGUACAUUGGCCGCCUGAGCUACCAGGCCCGGGAGCGCGAUGUGGAGCGCUUCUUUAAGGGCUACGGGAAGAUUCUGGAGGUGGAUCUGAAGAACGGAUAUGGGUUUGUGGAGUUUGAUGAUCUGCGAGAUGCAGAUGAUGCUGUUUAUGAAUUGAAUGGCAAAGACCUUUGUGGUGAGCGAGUAAUUGUUGAGCAUGCCCGCGGCCCACGUCGAGAUGGCAGUUACGGUUCUGGACGCAGUGGAUAUGGUUAUAGAAGAAGUGGCCGAGAUAAGUAUGGCCCUCCUACCCGCACAGAAUACAGACUUAUUGUGGAAAAUUUGUCAAGUCGAUGCAGCUGGCAAGACCUAAAGGAUUAUAUGCGUCAGGCAGGAGAAGUGACAUAUGCAGAUGCUCACAAGGGACGCAAAAAUGAAGGGGUGAUUGAAUUUGUUUCUUACUCCGAUAUGAAAAGAGCUUUGGAAAAGUUAGAUGGAACUGAAGUCAAUGGCAGAAAAAUCAGAUUAGUCGAAGACAAGCCUGGUUCUAGACGGCGCCGGUCCUACUCCAGGAGCCGGAGUCACUCCAGGUCUCGCUCUCGAAGCAGACAUUCUCGUAAGAGCAGAAGCCGAAGUGGCAGCAGCAAAAGCAGUCAUUCUAAGAGUAGAUCUCGGUCUAGGUCUGGCUCCCAUUCCCGGAGCAAGAGUCGUAGCCGCAGUCAGAGCCGCAGCCGGAGCAAGAAGGAAAAAAGCCGCAGCCCCAGCAAGGACGACAAGAGUCGCAGCCGUAGCCGCAGUGCAGACAAGCGUCGCAGCAAGAGUAAAGACCAAGUUGAAGAGAAGAUUCAGAACAACGACAAUACCAGGAAGUCCAAGAGCAGGAGUCCCAGUCGGCAUAAAAGCAAAAGUAAAAGCCGAAGCAGGAGUCAGGAGAGGAGAGUGGAAGAGGAGAAGCGCAGGAGCAAGAGCAAGGAGAAGAGCCGGAGUCAGGAGAAAGGCCUCCGCAGGAGCAGGAGCAAGGGAGGCAGCAGGAGCCGCAGCAGGAGCCGCAGCAAAAGCAAGGAUAAGAGGAAGGGGAGGAAGAGAAGCCGGGAGGAGAGCCGUAGUCGCAGCCGCAGCCGCAGUCGCAGCCGCAGCCGCAGCCGAAGCAAGAGCAAAAGGAGCCGAAAACAUGGCAGCAAGCGAGACAGCAAGUCAAGCAGCAGCAGCGAGAAGAAAAAGAAGGAAGAUGCCGACCGCUCCCAGUCCAGGUCACGGUCCCGCUCGGUGUCAAAGGAGCGGGAACGUGCCAAGUCCGAGUCUGGCCAGAGGGAAGGUGGAGGGGAGAGCAAGGAUGCUAGCACCAAUCAGGAGACCCGGUCCCGGUCAAGGUCCAAUUCUAAAUCCAAACCAAAUCUCCCGUCAGAAUCACGCUCCAGAUCAAAGUCCGCUUCAAAAACCCGAUCUCGGUCCAAGUCUAGAUCCAGGUCUGCAUCCAGAUCACCUUCCCGGUCUAGAUCUAGAUCCCACUCAAGAUCCUAACGGGCUACUACCACAGCUGGAACUACCCGAGAAGUUUUGUACAUGUUUGGUAGCCGUAGCACAAGUGAUUGAAGUAGAACAUACGUCACUGCUGUACAUUUUUAACUCCCCUAAUGGUGUGUCUACAAUUGUUAAAUCUAAGUGCUUCCUCUCUGUAAAGCCUCCUGGCGCCAGGCCUUCCUGCUCGACUGAAAACAAUCUUCUCUUUGAAAACCCCCUUUCCUCGUGGUCCACAGUAGAAUAUCCAAAAUGCCUUGGCUUUCAGGCCUGGCAUUACUUACAGGGAGCUCAGUACCUGGACGAGUCUAAGGCUGGAAUGAUGACAUAGGUAGGUAUGGUGAGUUCAACCAUUUUUGCCCUUGAAUUGAUGCCCUUUGAUGUAUGCCAUUUAGUGAAAGUGCUAAGUCUUAAGUUUCCUACCACUUUGGUUUCAUAUUUUUGGACUUACAAAGUUGUGAAUAGCACAGUCAAGGAAAAUUGAUAUCUGCAGUAACCCAUAGGAAACAAACUCUAGAGUUCCAUAUUCUGGUAUUGUGAUUAUAUUGUUUUAUAUUAAGAAAAUAAAAGAAAAUAAUUUUUUUUAAUUUUAUUUUUCCCCGUCUUGCAAAGUAUAGUGACCCCCGUUUCCAUUAAAUUUGAAUAAAGACUAUUUUUGCUUGACAAAAA